ACUCAUAAGCAAAGAAAAAGCAUUACGCUGUGUUCAUACCUGAAACCCUAUUUUUGUUCUUAAAUUUUUCAAAAGCUGUACAGUGGAUAUUGGUUGGAAAGAAUCAAGCUUUUAUAAACCAAGAGAUCUAAGUUUCAGAAUUCAGAAAUGACGAUGAUGGAGAUGGGCUCUUCUUCUUUAGAUCAAGAAAACAAGAUUAAGAUGAUGGGUUAUGAAGAUGAUGAUUCGUUUUCGUCUGAUGUUUCGAGUUUGGUGUCUUCAGAUGAUGAAUCUGAUGAUGAAGAAAGCAACUCUUCCUCCGGUGGUGGUUCUUCUCCGCCGCGGACGACCGCCUUGGGUGACAUGUCUGAUCUCCUCCAGCAACUUCCAUCCAAAAGAGGGUUAUCGAAACACUUCCAAGGGAAAUCACAAUCUUUCACAUCUUUAUCGAAAGUUAUGUGCUUAGAAGAUCUUGCAAAACCAGAAAACCCUUUCAAUAAGAAGAUGAAAUCUUGCAAAAGCUAUGUGGGUUUAUCGAGAGUUCUUCCACCUCCAACAAGAAGUUCUUCUUCUUCAAAGCUUUUCAACAAGAAAGCACCAUCCAGAGCUUCGUGUUCUUCACUGAGCAUCGGAAGAAAUGGAAGCUAUCUUGGAUUAAGCAACAACAGUAGGCCACCUACUCAUCCAUCUCAUAACAAUGGGGCCUGCUUCUAGUUAGCUUCUCAAAUCAUGCCAUACCCCUUUGUUUGAGGCAAUCAAAAUUGAAUUAGAUCGUUUUCUUGCUUUGCGGACGUCCGUAAGGGAAGUUUCUUCCCUUUGCAAUUUGUAUUUGUGAGAGACUUCUGUCAUGAAACCCAUAUUUGUGUAUCGGAUUUAAAAUACAAUCAGUGUGUAUAUACUAAUUAAUGGAUUUGUUCAAGCGAAUUGAUCAA